CGGCGGAUUCCUGACACACCUUUCCUCACACGGGUCCUCAACCCGACGCCAUGAGCAAAAUAAAAAAGGGUUUUAAAUGGUUGGGGAGCCUCAGCAGCCUCUCCUCCCGCCGCUGCCCAGAGAAAAGCAGCAACAAAGCAGCCUGUCAGUCUGAUGGGAGUCUCUGCGGAGCCAGGCAGCCGACGGCGGCAGCCGCAGUGCUGGAGGAGACGCAGUCAGUGGACGACAUGCAGUCCGGCCUCCGCAGCCCCGGCUACGCCCGCUCCAGCGACAUGUACACCCACGUGGGGACGAUUCCCCGCGGCGACAAGCGCGAGAGCCUGCGGGGCCUGAAGGCUGCGGUGAACCCGGGGGAGCAGGUCCGAGACUCCCCGCUGCUCGGUGCUCUGUCCAGCCUCACCGACCCGGAGCAGGCCCUGGCGCCCUGCCGGGUCUCACCUUUGACCCCAGCACCUGCCGGCUGCUCGUCAGAUGACCGCGUUCCUCAGCAUUUCAACAUGUCUUCAAAGCAGGACGUUUAUGUUCCAAUGGACCCGAUUUGUGAAAGAGCGCGCGGCCACGGCGACCCACAGGCCGGGAGACCGGAAACCAGCGAGGCUCCGCAGGAAGUGGAGGCUGGCGGCAGGUUUGAAAAAGUGACAAAUUGCAGUGGAGAAUAUGUGAAAUUCUCCAAGGAGAAGUUCUGGUUGGAGCCUCCAUCAGAAAAACUGAGGAAGCAGCUGGAGGAGGAACUGAGGCUGAGCGGCACCUACCUGAAGAGCCAUGCCUGGUACCACGGCCCGAUACCCUGGGAGGUGUCGGAGAGUUUGGUGGUGAACGAAGGUGAUUUCCUCCUCAGAGACUCCCGGUCCAGUCAGGGCGGCUUCGUCCUCACCUGCCGCUGGGAACAGGAAGCCCUUCAUGUUCCCGUCAGGAAGACGGUGGUCCAGUCUGGGGAGACUUACACCCGGGUCCAGUACAGCCUGGAAGGCGAGGCCUUUGACUCGAUCCCAGCCCUCGUUCACUACUACGUGGGCAGCCAGGCGGCUCUGACGCUGUGGACCAGAGCUCAGAUUAACCGGCCGGUGAACAGGACGCUGCCGCUCAGCUUCCUAGAAACGGCCUUCGGCACAUCGUCCAACCAGAGAGACCUGAAGGGAGAGGAGCGGGUCUGUCUGAUCAGCCCAUCCUCCGUUCAGCCCGGUUCUGGAUCUGACUGCAAACAUGACAGACGGGCGCUGAAUCCUGCUGCACAUUCUCCUCACAGCCACAGCUCUCCAUCCAGGAGCCUCGGUUCUAGCUGGGCCCCCAGCGUCACGUCGUCUCCAUCCCUAUCAAACCCGUCAGACUCCACCCUGCUGAGACAGCGGCUCCACGUUCCCCGCUCUGACCCGCCGCAGGACUCUGACCCGCCGCAGGACUCGGCCCCGCCGCAGGACUCGGCCUCCGCCAAUAGAGACGGCUACUCGGAGCUGCAGCCUCAGAGCUACGUGGAGCGGCUGCAGGCCGAGGAAGCCCCGCCCACUGCCGCCUCUCUGGGUUCGGAGGAUGGGGACGUGUACUUCUCUCCGGUAGUGGAGACGGCUUCCUGUUUCAGACCUGGCAGGUACCACUCGGCGCUGAUGCCGCAGGAGAACAGGCCCCUGGAGGUGGGCAUCCUGCGCCGGGUGAAGGAGCUGCUGGCUGAGGUCGACCCCAGAACGGCGGCCAGACACAUCACCAGGACCGACUGCACGGUGGCGAGAAUUUUGGAUGUGACUGCAGAGAUGAGAAGCAAAAUGGGAGCAAAUUCAGGGAUGGAGCUGCUGACGCUGCCGCAGGGACAGCAGCUGAGACUGGACCUGCUGGAGAGGUUUCAGACCAUGGCCACCAUGUUGGCCGUCAACGUGUUGGGAUGCACGGGAACGACGGAGGAGCGGGCCGCCCUGCUGCAUAAAGUCAUCCAGAUCGCAGCCGAGCUGAAGACCACCACAGGCGACAUGUUCGGCUUCGCCGCCGUCAUGAGAGCGUUGGAGCUGCCGCAGGUUUCUCGUCUGGAGCAGACUUGGAUGACGUUACGACAGCGACACACAGAGGGCGCCAUUCUCUACGAGAAAACGCUGCGGCCGUUUCUGAGGAGCCUGAAUGAUGGACGAGAAAGCUGUCCGCUGUCCAGCACCACCUUCCCCCACGUCCUGCCCCUCCUCACCCUGCUGGAGAAAAGCUCUGCGGUGGGCGAGGCGUCGGAGCCGUGGGAGACGGCGGAGGUCGGCGUGGAGGUGGUCAUGCUCCACCUGACGGCGGCGAGAACUAUCGCUCAGCUGGGCGGGAUCUAUCACUCCAACGCCAAGAGCAAAUUAAAGGGUUUCCAGGAGCAGGCGGAGGUCAGGGAGAUCUUCCUCACUGACUUCCAGAUGAGGCUGCUGUGGGGCAGCAGGGGAGCCGAGGAGAGCCAGAUCCUCAGAUACUCCAAGUUCGACCAGGUGCUGACCGCCUUGUCCAACCGGCUGGAACCGCCGAACAGACAACGCUGAUCCCAGAGACGUUUAGCUGAUCAGCUGGCUUCUAAUGGUGGAUUCUCUGACAUCCAUUCAAAUCACUUUAAAGUGCAACUAACCCUCAUCAACACGCUCCCUGACAACUGCAGAAAAGUUUGAGGGCGUCUCAAUGUGGGCAUUUCUAAAGAGCGAAUUUGAUUGGCAACACAAACAUUUCAGAAACUUACAGACGUCAUCUGAGCUGAAAAGGUUCCAGAAGAAAACAAAAAGUUAACGGGACAAUUUAUUGUAGAAACAUUAAUUUUUUAGAACUGUUUUUAAAUAUCUUUAUUGGUUUGUAACUACUUAUAUCAGUUUUAUGUUACUUCAGUAACCAAAAUGGAUUUUUUUGUAUUAUUUUGGUUGUUUUGAUAUGUCUUUGUAAUUUAUUGCAUAAACUAAAAAAGUUUAUGCAAUAAACAUUUUAAAACUUUUUGUUUUAAAAUGCAGUAUUUACAUUUUAAAACUAAACCAAAAUGCACCAAUGUAACCAAUCAGAAAAUUAAACUGCAGUGACCACAGUUCAACCCAAAGGGGGCAGCACUGAGCCAGUGUCGCUCUCCAAACAUUGCAGAACUGAACAAAUUUAUCCAAAAACAUUUUAAAUCCGCAUAGAAACUUUACAUACAAACCGUGAGAAUAUAUUUAAAGAGUUUAUCAGCAAAAAAUGUGUUUUUGGGGGUUGAAUACACUUUAAAUGUAACAGAUUAUACAGUUGGAAGCAUUUUUAUGUGAACCUCGCUGACAUAAACCUGAAGGAGAAUGAAUGUUUGAUAACAAAAGUUUAUUAAGGUUUACAGCACAAAUUGUCUUUAAAUUUACAUUUUUAUUGAAAGGAAAUGUGAUAUGAAUGUGUUUUGUGUUUUCUAACAUAUAUUUGGGUUUUUAUGUUGAAAAACUCCAACUAAGACACUUAAUCCUGUAAUUUGUGAGGUCAAACUCUUAUCUUCUCCUUUUAUCAUCCAUCGGUAGCAGAGAAUAAGAGUCCAGGACUUCAGACCGUGCAGCAGGCUGUAAAUAUAAUGUCUGUGUGAAAUGUGAGAACUGCAGAUAAGAUGACCCGGUUCUGUCGUCCCAACAGAACCGGGUCCAGAUCCUGGUUCUGUUGGGACUACAGGAAGCUAAUGCUGAACCUUUGUCUGCAGUGUAGAAAUGCUUUAGUCUGCCUGAAGGCUGGACCUUCAUUACAUAUUGGACCAAACAAUGUCUGUCCAUCUUCACUAUUAAUUUUAUUAAAUCUAUUGACGUAGUAUCAGUUUGAGGGAGCAGCUUCUGACUGCAAUAAUUCACAUGUACAAAGAACUUAUUUAAUCCUACACUUAAUAUUUAUCUGUAUUAUAACUGUGAUAACUGUGAAUAAAUAACAUUUUCCUCUCUGAAAAUUGA